AUGAGACGACUGAUGAGGCAGCAACGGCAGACUGGUCGCUACUUUCACGGCCAGCAACGAAAGGAGCAGCAGCGCCGCGAGGCGAGAGGCGGCGAGUACUCCUCCUCCACACAGCGGGAGCAGAACGUCGGUGGUAGUGGCGGCGACAGCAACACAGUGCGUGCAAAAAAGCGACCUCGUGGGGAUGAGGCGCCGGCGAGUGGUGCAAAGGGCGAUGAGGAGGUUGAACGUCUUGGGAUCAUUCCCAAUCUCACACUCGACGACAUGGGCGGCCUCGCCAAGGAGAUACCGAUUAUCAAGGAAUUGAUCGAGUUGCCGAUUCGCUCGCCGCACCUGUUUACUCGCCUUGGUGCUGAUCCCCCGUGUGGUGUGCUGCUGCACGGCCCGCCGGGCUGCGGCAAGACAAAGCUGGUGCACGCCAUUGCAGGCUCCCUGCAAACACCGCUGUUCUUCGUUGCGGCGCCCGAGAUCGUGUCCGGUAUAAGCGGCGACAGCGAGGCGAAGCUGCGCAAUCUCUUCAUUGACGCCAUCAGUGCAGCGCCAAGCAUUGUGUUCAUUGACGAGAUCGACACCAUUGCGGGCCGCCGUGACCAGGCGCAGCGUGGGAUGGAGAGUCGUAUCGUGGGCCAGCUUCUCACCUGCAUGGACCAGGUCGCCCAGGCCUGGCGGCAGGAGAACAAGGUGGUGUGCGUGAUGGGCGCGACAAACCGCCCCGAGGCACUCGACACGGCAUUGCGCCGCGCCGGCCGCUUCGACCGCGAGAUCGCGCUCGGCAUCCCCACCAUUGACGAGCGGCAGAGCAUUCUGCAGAUUAUCUGCCAGAAGCUCAAUGUUGCGCCGGAUAUGGACUUCUUCGAGCUCGCCAAUAUGACACCAGGCUACGUCGGGGCGGACCUCCACCUGCUUGUGAAGGAGGCAUGUAUCCUGGCCAUUCGGCGCAAGUACAACGAGUUAGAGGUGGGGGGUGAGCUUGACAAUCCCAAUGCUGAGGCGCUCGCGACUUUUUCCGUUACCUUCGACGAGAUGAAGGAGGCAACAAAGCGAGUGCAGCCGAGCGCCAUGCGUGAGGGCUUCACCACGAUUCCAAACGUCACGUGGAACGAGAUUGGCGCACUCGAGGACGUGCGCGAAGAGCUGCUCACGAGUAUUCUGCAGCCCAUUCGCGCGCCCAAGCUCCACAAGCGUUUUGGCCUGAAUCACCCUGUAGGCGUGUUGCUGUACGGCCCACCCGGCUGCGGCAAGACGCUCGUGGCGAAGGCUAUCGCCAACCAGUCGGGCGCCAACUUCAUCUCCAUAAAGGGACCCGAGUUGCUCAACAAGUUCGUUGGAGAAAGUGAACGGAGCGUGCGGAUGGUGUUUGCCCGUGGCCGUGCGAGCGCACCCUGUGUUCUUUUCUUCGACGAGCUGGACGCCCUCGCGCCGCGCCGCGGCUCGGACCGUGCGAACCCAAGCAGUGAGCGCGUUGUGAACCAGCUUCUGACGGAAAUGGACGGAGUGGAGGGACGCGAGGACGUGUACGUCAUCGGCGCUACCAACCGGCCCGACAUGAUCGACCCCGCGAUGUUACGUCCCGGACGUCUCGACAAGCUGCUGUACGUGCCGCUGCCGUCCGUCACACAGCGCGCCUCCAUCUUGGCGACGCACGCACGCCGCUACCCGAUUGCCGAGUCGGUGGACCUUACCAGUAUUGCCCGCGACGCGCGACUGGAGGGCUUCAGCGGAGCCGACCUGGCAGCGCUCGUGCGCGAGGCGUCGAUGCAUGCGCUGAAGAAAGUGUACCGCACCUCCAGUGCCUCCGAGUUGGAGCUCCUCGAGCGCGACGUCAGCGGUGCGGCAGCGCAGGACGCUCGGCUGCCUUUGGUGGGCAAUGAGGACUUCGAGACAAGCCUGGAGAAGGUGAAGCCGUCCGUCACCGCAGAGGAUCGAGAGAGUUAUGAGCUCCUGCACCGCCAGAUCAUUCAGUCUGCGAAGGCCACGGGAUAG